AUGAGUUCGCUUUCUCACCGGGGCAGAGAAGCCAGGAUUGUCAUAGUGGGUGCUGGGUUCGCAGGUUUGUCUGCGGCAGAAACGUUGGUCAAAGCUGGUUUUCAAAAUGUCCAGGUACUGGAGGCAAUGGGAAGACUGGGAGGAAGAGCCUAUACCAUGAGACCAUUUAGUGAGAAUAUAAUAGAGCUUGGGGCGAACUGGAUCCAUGGUCAGAAGGGAAACCCACUCUUCCAGCUGGCCCAGGAGCACGGCCUGCUCUCGGAAGAGGAUUCGGCCAGAAAAUCAGUCUCUUCUCGUAAUUACUUUUUUAAAGAGGGUGGGAAACAGCUGGCCACCGUGGAUGUCGACAAAAUGUGUUCUCUCUUCGACAAACUUACCGCAAAAGCGUUCGAUUCUGAGCUCGAAAAGAGACACAGGCCCUUAAGCCUGGGAGACUACCUCGACAGGGCAUUCGCCGAAACGCGCCUGGCAGCAUCUGAAGACAGGAGGAGAAUUUUCGAAUGGUGUAAGAGAAAUGAGUGCACAGACGAAGCCUGCUCCUCCCUUUAUGAAGUGUCUGCUUCACAAAUCAGCGAGUACACAGACCUAAAGGGAGAAUUCUUUAACUGUUUAGGCCCCGGAGGCUACCAAGCUCUGCUAGACCUUCUCUUGAAGAGUCUGCCGCCUGAGGCCGUGCUGAAGAAUCAGGCGGUCGAGACCGUCCAGUGGGAUCUGAAGGCGGAAGAGCAGGGACAGGAGCAGAGGUGUCCCGUGAGAGUGGUCUGUGAGAACGGCGAGAGUUACGAGGCUGAUCACGUGAUCGUGACCGUGUCUUUAGGGGUCCUGAAAGAGCGAGCCAGGACCAUGUUCACACCAGCCUUGCCAAAAUCCAAACUGUGUGCUGUUGAGAGGCUGGGCUUCGGCACGGUGGACAAGAUCUACCUGCAGUUCAGUGAGCGCUUCUGGCCGGAGGACUGUGCCGGUAUUCAGCUGGUGUGGAACCAGGGCCCCGAGGACAAAGACGUGUACAGUUGUGAUUGUGAGGGAGAGUCUUGGAAAGACACGUGGUUUAAGAAGAUCUGUGGUUUUGAUACGGUCGCCCGUCACCCCACGGUCCUCUGCGGUUGGAUCACGGGCAGAGAGGCCCUUUAUAUGGAGUCACUGAGGGACAGUGAAGUGAGAGAUGUUUGUGUGAGGCUGCUCGAGUCCUUCACUGGUUGGGCUGUUCCUGAGGUAUGCCAGGUGCUGGUUUCCAGGUGGGGUCAUGACCCCUUUGUGAGUGGGGCCUACUCCUUCAUCCCAAAGAAUGUGAACGGUGUACAGGAGCAAAAGGCGUUAUCAGCACCCUUACCCCCCAGGUCGAAACACUCAACGAGAAAGCCUCUACAGGUGCUGUUUGCAGGGGAAGCCACCCAUGUCAAUUUCUACACCACCACCCACGGGGCCUACCUGUCAGGAGUCCGAGAAGCGCAAAGACUCAUCAGCCAUUACGCCCAUAAAACACAGAAUUCGUAG